GAUGACACAUGCUUUGUUUUAUUUAUAAGAACGAGGCUUCAACAAAUUCCCACCAACACUACUCCCAUUCUAUUUGCAGUUGUCGCAGACGGGUGUCAAAUCGCAUUUUUAUUAACCAAAACACCAUGUUUUUGUGACAAGUUUUGCGCCGACAUUAGCUAACAUUAGCUAGCAUUAGCUCGCUAACGUGCCUUCCCUACUCUUAGACUUUAGCCAACGGCUAAACAGAAACAAUGAAGCGCACGGGCAGGAGACGGAGCUCGGUGUGGGACUGUUUUGAACAAGUGGGAAACUUUGUUCGCUGCAUGAAGUGUGACGCGACAUUGAAGUACUGCGGCGGAGCAACCAGCUCCAUGAUGAACCACAUGAGCCGGCACCAUCCGUCCACCGCGCCGUCAGACGAGGACGAGAAGCCGGUGAUUUGCACCGUGCAGUGCAUCGACGACGAGAGUGCCGCCAGUGCGGACAUCAUGCAGGUCGCCAUCAUGUCACCACACAUGAACACGGCGGCCCACCUCUCCGAGCGCGAGUACGGGGAGAGGAAGCGCCUGAAGAGGAGCUCCGUGUGGGACAUUUUCAUCAAAGUGGACGAGGAGGUGCACUGCACGAUGUGCGACACCAAGCUCAAGUACAGGAGCAGCACCACCAGCAUGAUGUACCACAUCAAAAACAAGCACCCCGACACCAUGCCCCACGACGGCGGCUCGGUGGCGACCCACGCAGAGGUGACUGAGCUCAUCUCCAGAAUGAUAGAGAAGGACAUGCUGCCCGUCAACGUGGUCGGCGGGGAUGGUUUUCGGGAGCUCCUGGCGUACACUGUGCAUAAUUACAAAAUCCCAUCCGCCGCAGAUAUUACGCGCCUUGUCGAAGGCCAUUUCCACGAGAAAGUGGAGGAGCUCGUAGUGCAGCUGGCUAAAGUGGAGAAAUUGGCGCUGACGGCCGACUUGUGGACGGCGCUUCCCUUUCAGAGGUACAUCACAGUUUCCUGUUCCUUUAUAACAGAGGACUGGCAGGGCAGGUCAGCCGUGCUGCAGACACACAAGCUGCCAUCGGACAGCCACACACCUGCCGACAGUGUCACGGGGAGGCUCCUGAACACUGUGCAGAUCUGGGGCAUCGCCGGGAAAGUGACAGCGUGUGUUCAUAACUGCACGCAGGGCAUCUCGCCACCCCAGGCGUUCAUUCGUGGCACGUGGGACUAUGCCACUUGCUUUGCCACCACACUGCAGCUGGCAGUCAGUGAUGGGCUGAGUGAGGAUCUGGUCAGUAUCAUUGUGGCAGCGGGGAAACUAGUCAAGCACUUCAACCACAGUUUGCUGGCCAGUGAAGCCUUGGAGACCAAGCAGGUUCAGAUGUGCCUGCCGCAGCACACGCUUAUCCAGUCGCGCAAAGCUAGAUGGGACACCAUCUGCGAUAUGUUCGAACGGUUACUGGAACAACGGUGGGCAAUUAAAGCCGUGCUCUCAGAUCGCACAAUCACUAACAGACAGGAAGCCCAAACCCUAGAGAUCGAAGACGACUGCUGGCAGAUAAUUGAGAAUUUUACACCUGUGCUGGCAACUCUGAAAUGGGCAACAACAGUCAUAUCUGCAGAUACAGAAGUAUCCAUUUCAAACAUUUACCCGAUCACAUUCAGCCUCAUUCAGACCCACCUCGUGCCAAAGGAAAAUGACGUUGAACAAGUCUCUGAGUUCAAGCUGAAAGUUCAGGAUUCACUUAGAAAUCACAUGGAGGUUGACUCUAGCGACUUAUCCUCCAAACCAGCUCUGAUCGCCUCAAUGCUGGACCCCCGUCACAAACACCUCAGUUUCCUGACGCCAACAGGGAGACUUGCGGCAAAGGUUAAACUGCACGAACUGGUUUCAAAAUUAGAUGUGAUAACAGCUACUGUGGGCCCGAAGGAUGAACAGCAGGAGAUCCUGGUCACACCGGACAUAAGCCAGGUGGCAAUGCCCUCACAACUGAGAAGUGACACCAAAAACACCAUGAUGUUGCUCUUAGGAGACAACUACAGUUCCCCCUAUGCCACAGACUCUGAAGCUCAGGUAGAUUACUACUUGAGAGACAUUGCGCCGUCACUGGACAUAAACCCUCUUGAAUGGUGGCGGGUGAACGGACCAAGAUUCCCCAAAUUAGCCACUCUGGCGAGGCACUAUUUGUGUGUACCUGGGGUGUCGCUGCCGUCUUUAUUGUCCGAGGCUGGACAAACAUUUGCAACAAUGCGAACUAGACUGAGCCCCGAGCAUGUUGACAUGAUGAUCUUUGUAAACAGAAAUGCAUAACUUGCAUAGCAGUAUAUGAUGGAGAUUUACUCCUUCAUAUAUUCUUAUAUACAUUUAGUACAGAGAGGGAAAGUUCAAGUUAGGUUGACACCUUGAUUGGAUGUUACAUAUAAAGAUGGCAGCUACUCUUCCACUCAUGUUACUAAUACAAAACUUUUUCUUCAGAUUUCAAAUUAGAUUUUAAACAAAAAGGCUGCGAUGCUGUUAAAAGGACUUUACCUAAAUGUAUUUCCUGUGUCUGCCCUAGCUUUAGGGGAGGGGAGUUUGAAAACAAACAUGUUACAGCGCACGCUGGCUGUCGCCGGUCACUUGUGUGUGUGUGUGUGUGAGAGAGCAGAGUACACUCACAACUCACAGGUGUAGAGAAAGAUAUAACAUGUGGUAUAAAUAAUGUAGGACUAUUUAGUUUGUUUAAUAAAAGAACAAGGUAUAGAUCGGUUCUAUAGGGAAGAUUGCCUUAAAUUACUCUUUGACAGCUGACACUGACGGGGGCGCAAAUGGUAAAAUUAUGUUACUUCAAAUCCAGUAUUCGGCAUGACAUACACA